AUGGCCGCCUGUCUGAUGCUUGAGCAGCAGGCCCCAGAACAGGAUGGCAGCACUCAGGGCCUGGGCGCAAACCCAGACGGGGGUCCCAUGGACGGCGGUCGGUGGAAACCCGUGCCCGCGGGGCACCCCGACCUCAGGCUGCUGCCUGGGGAAGCCGCUUUCCAGGAUUUGGCCGAAGAGCCGUCGUUCAAAGGGCCUCGCGCCACCUGCGAGGGCACCCCUCAAGUCAAGACCUGCAAGCGGCCUUUGUCAGAGCUGCGCAGGCCGGCGGCCCGACCCGUCAUCAGGGCCCUGGUCAAGACUAGUGAGCUCCGCCAGCCUGCGGCUGACCUUCGGGCCCCAGUGGAGGCGCAGCUGUUCGGGGCUGUGGGGGAGGAGGCCGCAUCCCCCUCCUCCUCCUCCUCCUCCUCCUCCUCUUCUUACUCUGAAGAUGCCGAGUCCUUGCUCCAAGAUGCACUACAUCUGAAGGUGGCUGACCUGAUGGGGUUCCUCCUGCUCAAGUAUCGCCAAAAGGAGCCGAGCACAAAGGCAGAAAUGCUGACCGUCCUCAAGGAUUACCAGGACCACUUCCCCGUGGUCUUCAGGCGAGCCUGCGAGUGCAUGCAGCUGGUCUUUGGCGUGGACGUGAAGGAGGUGGACCCCUGCGAUCACUCCUACGUCCUGGUCCCCACCCUGGGCUUCACCUGCGAUGCGGUGCUGAGCGACGGGCAGUGCAUGCCCAAGGCCGGCCUCCUGGUCUUGCUCCUGGGCCGGAUCGCCCUGUCCGGAGAUCGCUGCCCCGAGGAGGAGGUCUGGGGAGCACUCGGCAAGCUGGGGGUGUGUGCCGGGCGGGAGCACCGCAUCUACGGGGAGCCCAGGGAGCUGCUCACCGAAGUGUGGGUGCAGGAGGGCUACGUGGAGUACCGGCCGGUGCCCCACAGCGACCCCGCCCGCUACGAGUUCCUGUGGGGUCCCCGGGCCCACGCGGAGACCAGCGAGUGGCAGGUCCUGGAGCAUCUGCUCUGGGUCAAUAGCUUGGAUCCCAGGUCCUCGGCAUCCCUGUGGGCAGAGGGUGUGAGCGAUGAGGAAGAGGGGGCCUGA